AUGAAGCACCUACUUAUCGGUGAAGAUUUAUUUGAUCAGGAUUUGGAAGUGAAUGUUUCAUCCGAUGAUGGAAAGGACAUUCCAAUUAAUAAGAAUGAUGAGGCUGAAGUGUCAGCCGUCUUGACUCAGGUUGAGCAGAAGGUUAGGGAAGCCGUGAAUGUUCUAAUAAAAGUCACUGAAAAGAAUGGAAAGAAAAUGUUGUUUCCUGAAGUUGAUAAGUUGCUCCAUGUUCAGUUUGUCUAUAAAAAACCGAGCACCAUACACACUAGACAUCGUGUCAAACGCUUCGUUUUACCGCACCCAUUACAUGAAAAGGGCAAUACUACUAUCUGCUUGAUUAUGCGAGACUUAGACCAAUCCGCAAAGGCAAAAUUUGACCCUGAUGUUGACAAGCAAUCAAGAAUUUGGGCCGAAAGGUUGGAGCUUGAAUCCGGAAUUACUAAAGAGCACGUGCAAAAGAUUUUGACAAAGCGACAGCUGGAGAGAGAGUAUCAUUCGUAUUAUGAUAGACGUCAGCUGGCAUCUGCUUAUGAUAUCUUUUUGGUGGACGUUUUAGUCGAGAAAAGCGUCAUACGUUUUUGUGGCAAAGAGUUCCACAAAGCAAAAAAAACUCCUUUGAGAUUGUCAGUGAACCGACCUAGAUCAUUGAUAAAAGAAAUCGAAAAGGCUUAUUACACCGUAACAUUCCCGCUUUUCCCAUUUCGUACACGAACGAGUCUCCGCAUUGGAAAUCUCAAUAAUCCUAUCGAUCAUAUUGUAGAAAAUGUACGUGCAGCAGUUGAAAAUGUAUUUCAGUACUGCCCCGGAGGUUUAUGCAAUAUUCAUUCAGUAAGUCUACAAAUGGUGACAGGCGGUCCGUCAUUACCUCUCUAUGUUGAUGCAGGAUCUAGAAAUGCAGUCAAUUUACCCAUGCCCAUGAAGAGAAAGGACCUUAUGGCGAAAAGAGACGAAGAAGCUGUUGCUGAUGAGCUGUCGACUUUACCAGAAGGCUUAGAAGUUUUAGUGUACCGAGAUGGUGAAGUAAAAGUUCUGGAUUCAGACACUAAGAAGCCUGUGCUAUAUCCAACCGCUAAUGAUGAGUGGGAGGCAGGAGAUGAUCUGAAGCCGUUAACUAACUCCGAUAAGCUACGGAAAUCACUGGAAAAACUCAGCAAACUGCGAGAAAAAAGGAAGAAAGCACGGGAAGCUAAGAAACGACUUCUGUUGCCACCAAAAGAUGGGGUUUCCAAAAUAAAAGGUUUAGUGAAAAAAAAGAAUAAUAAACAAAAUGAAGUCGACAGAUUCGGAAGCAAAAAGCAGAAGCCAAAGAGUCAAGUGGAGAUAAACAAAAAAUCACAUUUAUGUCGAAAUGCUAAAGUGAAAAAGGAAAUAAACCAGUAG